UGAAACCCGGAAGUAAGUCAAAUUAACCCUAGUCAUGUGACCUAAAAUCUGGGAAAUACCAAUAUGGCCGCAGUACUUUUCUUGAUUUAUGUUCCGCAUGAAAAAAACUGCAAGGAGAAAAACAUUACUUCAAGUGAUUCUGAUAAUGAAGACAAUACGCAGGUCGUAGCAAACGAUACUCAGGCUUCUAAAGAAGUAGAGAUUGACCAAGCAGAUUCCAUAAAAAGCUUUGAAAAAGAGGGUGAAGAGGAGAAUCCAUCUCAAAAAGUUGAAGAUCAACUUCAUCAACCAGAUGAAACUGCAUCAACAUCAGCAGCUCACGACUCCAAAACUAUUAAUGAUGUCAAUAUCACAAAAGUCGGAGAAAGGAACUCAACUCUUAUAGACAAUGAGACACAUGUAGAUUUCCUCAAGUUUGAUAGUCCCUUGGCUGAGGUCACGAAAGGGGUAUUAGUUGCAUUGUCCAUAAACAAUGAUGUGUGGACCCUCAGCAAUGAUGAAAAACAAUAUCAGGUGACAUUCAUAGAGGACUCUGGGGAGAGAUGUGAACUGAUACUCGACAAACUAGCCAUUUAUGGUAUUGGGAUAAAAACAUCCAACUCUUCUGUCAGUGUUUUGCCUAUUCCUAUUCAUUCAGAGUCCGUAGAGUUAGAUUCUGAUACAGAAGAUACAGAUGAGGAUGAUUCUGAACUAGAUGCUCCUAAUGAACAACAGAAAAAUGAAUUCAAGAAGUCUAUCAAAUCACGCCUUACUGUAAAACAGGUUGUUGAUGGUGUUAGGUCCCAAGCAUUGCUCACCUUUGACUAUAUUACAUUGGUAGUAAUAGCCAGUAUUAUAGCUGCUUUAGGUUUGUUUGAGGAUAGUUCUGUUGUGUUGGUCGCCAGUAUGCUCAUCUCUCCCCUCAUGGGACCAAUCAUGGCUGGGACAUUUGGCCAUGCAAUAGGCAAUAUUAAACUUCGUAACCAGGGAUUGAAAUCUGAAGCAGUAGGCCUUGGGAUAUGCUUUGUAUUAGGUAUUUUGAUAGGCUUCAUCUUUGGUUUGAUCAAUAUGAAUGGUGCAAAUUCUGGAGCCUCAGCAGAAUGGCCCACAAAUGAAAUGAAAAGCAGAGGAAUGGCUCGCAGUCUGGUUGUGGGUGUCUUUAUUGCCAUAGCCUCAGGGGCUGGUGUAGCAUUGUCCAUACUUGGUGGAAAUGCUGGACCCCUUGUGGGUGUUGCCAUAUCAGCUUCUCUGCUCCCACCUGUUGUCAAUUCUGGAAUGCUUUUGGCUUACUCUGUGAUAGCUGCUGCUCACCCUCUAGACACACAUCAUUCAAUUGCAACACCUACCCCCAGAGCCACAGGACUGUAUUUCAAUGAGACAGACAAUGACACGAAUGCAGCUUUACCAUUGAGCCCUCCAUGCUCACCAUAUGUAAACAAUGCAUACAAACCUGUGUAUAUGUGCAGCAUGGCAGCAGAGACUGCAAUCAUGGGCUUUAUAAGCCUUCUUUUAACAGCUCUUAAUAUCUUCUUCAUAUUCCUGAUGAGCUAUGUGGUACUAAAGAUCAAAGAAGUUGCCCCUCACACAGCAACCUCAGCAACUGACAUUUUCUGGAAGAAAGAUAUCAAGAUUGCCAGAGAUUCCUAUAAAACAACAAAGGGCUCAGAUUCUGUAGAUUUGGGGAGAAGAUUUUUGAAAGAAUGGACAGAUAUGAGAGAAGCUCAGUUGAAACAAGGCAAGACAUUAAAGGGUGAAGCUUCUAAGGAAAUUGCACGUGAAUUUAGAGAUAUGUACAAGGGUAUUGAGAGAAGUGAGACAUACCAGGGAGUCCUCAGUGAAAUGGCAAAACCACCACCUCUUGCCAGAAACCUUAGUGCAGAUCUCCCCUAUAUAGAUGAUGAUGUGUCUCUAGAUGAAGAUAGUGACCCACAUGUACAUUUUACACUGAGCCAGUUCCCCUCUGAACUGUCUCCUUCCACUCCUCAUACCAGCCAUCCAAGGACUGUCUACUUUGAGGCCCGCUCAUACCCUGAGGCUAAUGAUAUUCUCUCCCACAAUCAUGAUGGACUUAAAAAACGUGUUACAUGGUCACCUGAAAAACACCUAACCAGUUUGAGUAAUGAAUCUCUUACAAGUGAGGAGAAAUAUAAAACAGCACUCUCAAUGCCACACAAAGGUCAUAAAACACUGAGACUCAAUAUUCCUGGGAAUACACAUGCGAAGAAAAAAUACAGGUUCAAAGUGACAAAAGUUGCCGAAAAUGAACUAGUUACUCAGGGUAAAAUAAAGCUGCGUAAGAAAUCUCAUAAAUCCAGCGCGAGGCCUGGACAGAAAUCGCCUAAUGUGACUGUAGUAAGUGAUAAAUUUGCUGUGAUGCCUGUUAAAGACCCCCAGGAACCUGUGUCUCGUAAACUCAGGCCUGUAGCUCCCCAAGAUACUAAAACUGUCUUAGAUGAAGGGAGGAACCUUGAAGCAGAUAUCAUCCAUAAAAUGGAAUCUGAGCGAUUGUUGGUUUCUGGUGAUGAGGAGACUGGAUUCAAUGAGUCUGAUGUCAUAUAAUGAAUUGCUUGAAACCUGUUUAUGUGAACAUUCAAAUUUAUAAAUACCCUGAUACAUGCGUGUGAUAGUAUAUUUUACAUACAUUUGUUGAAUAUUUUCAAUGUAUCAAAUACAGUAUAUUCAUUAUUUAUGGUCACCCUGUAGUUAACAUAUGUAGUGCAAUACCAACGUAAAUUUUGUACCCAUUUUAUUCUUUUGAAUUUGAGCAAAUCCCUAUUUCAGCCAAAUUACUAGGAUUCAUCCUAGAUCAUAUGUAUCGUUCACGCUUUUAUUUUUUAUCAUAUAAUUUCAUUUUUAUUGUUGCUUUGUAUACAGACUAAAGGUUGCAUAUCAAUAUUCCACUUAGUAUUGCACUGGUUGGAU